UCUCUCUCUCUCCAACCACCAUAUUAAAAAUGAGUAUUUUAAAUAAAGGAUAUUACUUUGUUUUGGCCUUAUUUAUUGGGUAUAUUGUCUUUAUUUUAUCUCUUUCAGUGCCAUUUAUUCAAAGAAACGUUUUUUAUCUACACAAAAUAGUAAGUUGUUCAAAAAUAGAUUCCCUGCAGCCAGAAUAUCUUGGAUUUUCACCUCGGAGAAUUUAUCCAUUUUUUUUGAAAACAUCAGAUCAUGAGAAUAUUUUUCUUUGGCAUAUCUUACCCCAUAAUGUUUAUUACAAAAACCAUAUAAAAUUGUCAGAAAUUGAAGAAGAAGAAGAAUUGCAUGAUUUUUUUAUUUCUUUAUUAUCAAAAAGUUCUAAAACAAAGCUUAUAAUAUAUUUUCAUGGUACUGCUUGUAAUAUAGCAGCUAGACAUCGUAUGAGUUUUUAUAGAAUUAUGACAUCAUUUGAUGAUGUUCAUGUUUUUGCAGUUGAAUAUAGAGGGUUUGGAAAAUCAUCAGGUAAGCCAAGUGAAGAAGGAUUAAUUGAGGAUGGAAUUUCUGUUGUAAAAUGGGCAAUGGAAGUGGCAAAGGUAAAACCAUCAUCUAUACUUUUAGUAGGACAAAGUCUUGGAACAGCAGUUGCAAUUGGGGUUGCUGAGAAAUUAUCAACUUUAAAAAAUCCUAUAUUUAUAGGACAUUUGGUAUCAAUUGCUGGUUUUUCUUCUGUAAAAUCUUUAUUAUCUACAUAUAAAUUGGGAGGUUAUUUCCCAAUUAUGUCACCUUUAAAGAUGUAUCCUGGUUUAAAAAAACUUGUAUUUAAAUUUUUAUAUCAUCCUUGGAAUUCAUUAGAAAGGAUUCAAGCUUUUUCAAAAAUAUCACAAAAAAGCGGGACAAAAAUAACAUUUAUUCAUUCAAAAGAUGAUAGUCAUAUUGAUUUUUAUCAUUCUUUUGAACUUUUUGUUGCUGCUAUUAAUGUAACUGUUACUAGGGAAAAUCAAACAUGGAAAGACUUAGUAACAUUAAAAGAAAAGAAGGGCGAAGUAUCUAUUUUAUCUAAUCACGAUAAUGAAAGAAUUGCAUAUCUUCAGGCUGCAUGGGGAAAUCAUAAUCAAAUUCUUCAUCAUGAUAUUGUCGUUUCUAGGAUAAUUUAUUCACAAAGUUAACCAAAAUGGGCUAUAAUAUAUCUUAUAUUUUUCUAUUCUUUCAAAA